AUGGCCUCUUCCUGGGCCACGCGGCUGCUGCUCCUCGCAGCCUGGAGCCUGGGCUGUGGUGAGGCCUUCAGGUGCUACUCCUGCGAGCGGCCCACGCCCAUUUACGCAUGCAAAAACAUUACCUACUGCAAGCUGGAGGACACGGCCUGCAAGACCACACUGGAGAAGGUGGAGAACGAGUACCCCUUCGACCAGAGCCCCAUGGUGACCCGCUCCUGCUCCGACUCCUGCCUAGCCACUGACCCCGACAGCAUCGGGGCUGCCCACCCCGUCUUCUGCUGCUUCCGCGACCUCUGCAACUCAGCGGAGGCAGCCCAGCUGGGUGCUGGGACUCUGGCCACACUGGGAGCAGUGCUCCUCGGGCACCUCCUCUCCUGA